AUGAACAACGACACUCAUAAUCAAGUCCCGGUACACCCACCGCCGUACUCGGAAGCCCAGCCACGGCGUCGAGAAGAGUGGGAGGAUUGGGAGGACGACGAGCCUAUCACGCCCAUCGACGCUGGGGAGCAAGUCUCUCCAGCUCCGCUGAAUGUGUCCACUCGAAACUCCAAACCCUCAACGCGACGUGCAUCAAGAGCCUCUGCUGCAAGAAUUGUCCGAGUCAAAUCACGCCAGAGACAGAAGGUCCAGAAUGCCAAGGCAGGCAUCAAGCUUAUCACAGACAUGUCAACAUUUCGCCGCCAGAACUACAUGCCAACCCCGGCAGGACGAGCUGGGAAAUUUGUAGACGCUGCUGCUCUCAAGGCAUUGGAGGGAGAACCAACGUCGGCUUCAGUAGGAAAUUGGAAUUGGUUCAAGAAGAGCAAGGACCAAAGCCCAGCAACUGCUUCGCCGCUGUCAUCAGCCCAGCCAGCUCAAUCAGCACGUACACCAGACAACAAGCUCUCGCCAGAUGACAGACCCAUCGUCAUUGGUCUGGCUCUCUCAUCUGAGGAAGCGGGCAGCUCUUCCCGGUAUGGCGCCGCUCCAACACCCAUUGAAACUCCAGCACAACCCUAUUUGCCUCGAAACCCUUCUUCUUCUUCAAACCUGUCUCCAUUUCCAGUUCAGCAGAAGUCAGUGUGGUCACCUGAUACACCCGACACCGUUUCCUCAUUCAGCACCAUUCGAUACGCCUCAAGUAUCUAUUCACAGUUUCCAUCUCCCGGCACGACAACGGCUGUCAAUGUUCCACCCGUGCCUGCGGUUCCAGCAAACUUCAAGAAGUCAGCUCAUCAGAGGCUCAUCAGCUUGGAACUCGGAGGCAGAACCCCCGAUGACUCUGAUGGCGGUACGCCAUGCACACUGUUUGAAGAAGACGGCACCUCGAGCCCACACAAGCAAGCAAGGGGAAAGACAUCAGCACUGACGCCCGAUAGUGCUGCAUCCAAGUCCCGUGGCUGGUGGGAUCAUCAUGUUGUCACACCUUUUAUGGAGAACAGACUGACAUUCACUACCAGUCCAAAGGUGUAUACUGACUCACCAAAGACUAUCCGAGGGGAUGAAUGGUGGAACAAGCAGGAGACCAAGCCUCCUCAAGGGGGGUAUCUUACACCGAGCUUGGCUCCUGGCUCAUUUCAAACACCAAUUGUCAAAGAACCGACGCCACGUAGGACACCAUCUCCCCGUUUUGAGCACACCCAAGAGAGCGAAUCUGGGCCUUCAACUGCAAGGGCAUCCCCCGUUCCUGAAACCAUAUCCAUUUCAGAAAAACCACAAAUACUUGUGACCGAGGAAGAAGAAAGUACCGGGGAACAGUUGCCUGCAUACUCGCCUCCCGAAAAGAAGAGUCAGGCUGCUCCAGUAAGGUAUAGGGCUGUUUUCCCGCCUGGACACCCACUUCAAAGCCAGUUCCCCCCCUCGCCCGGUCCUGUAUCUCCUGGUCUCUCCUCUACCAUGUCAUCGCAGCGAGCUGAGCAACUGACUGAUAUUCCACUUACUCCGGCCCCGCGAGACAACCUGCCUCUCCCUCAAAUGCCUCUCCCAACACGACCGCUGGGAACAUCUGCACCCCGCGAAUACUCCCAUGGCGAAGCCGAACACGCCACCAAACAGGAGCGUCAGAGAAGACGAAACGAAAAGGAAGAGGCUGUUGCUCGGCGCCUAGGUGGCUUCUGGAGAGGUCGAGGAUGUAUUCCAGACAGGGGUUGCUUUGGCCGGACUGGACGCGAGGGUCGACAGCGACGCCGUGUCUGGAUGAUUAUUCUAGGAGUUCUUCUUGCCGUUAUCAUUCUUUCGAUCACCUUAGGCGUUGUUCUGACACGCCCCAAGCAUUCAGAGGAAGUGCCAUCAAUCUGGGUCAACUUGACGGAUUUCCCACCCAUGCCAACCGGAGACUUGACAAUCGUUGGACCGGACAAUACUGUCGCAAAGAGUGGCUGCACUGAGCCAUCCACCUUGUGGAGUUGUUCUCUACCAAAAGAACAGCAUGACUCGGUGAAGCCUUACAAGCCUGACCAGCCAACCAUUAUCCUGCAGAUCCAGUGGGACAACAGCACCCGCAACGAUUGGAAAACCCCCAACGAGGAUCCCCCUUCGUUGAAGGGGCGUCGAGGUAUGGGCGGCGCCGCAUAUGCGGGAGACACUAUCCGGGCACGGGAGGCGCCCGGCUUUGAGCCCAGUCCCAGCCCACCCAAAUUCCAAGAGAUGUGGUUUCUGGGAAAUACAACCGACAAUAUCAAAUCCGAUAAAAAGGGCGGCGAGGCGACUCCAUUCUACAUCAGUCUGGUUGAUUCUGUCGAGGAGAGUAGCCGCAAAGAGCUGACCAAAAGGCAAGAAUUGGACGUGAAUGUUAGCCUUGCUGAAGUGCUCCCAUCCCCUGAUCUCAACGAGAAUGGCGCAUCCAAACCAGCUGUCCUGCUCCCGCAGCCGGUACAGCAACCAGUGAGACUCUACGACCGCGGGCUUCCGACCGAGCACUAUGGCUUUUACACCUACUUCAGACGAACCAUCUUCCUUAAGUCGGUAACAGUUCUUAAUGAUACCAAGGAUGGAGACAUUCCCCUGGACGAGGACGGCGGCUGUCGGGAGACAGAGGCUGAUUUCAUCGCGACUUGGAGCGAGACACGUUUUCUCGUUCAAAUCUGGACACGGACACUGGCUGCCAACACAUCGAAGCUGAUCGAUCCUACUGGGCAAGGCGCCAUCGACGGAUCACCAGAUCUGAUUCGGCCAGGAACAAUGCCGUACCCGGUGACGGUGACGAUGGAUACACAUGGAGGAGACCCAGGGAAAAAGUUUGUCUGGGCCUGGCCUAUCGAUGAUAGACAGAAGAUUGAUGAAGAGAACCCCAAGCUACUAGCCAACGACAUAGGAGCUGGUGGCACGUGGAUUAACAAAAGGUCUCGAGGAGACGAAAAAUUUGGCGGAUUCGACGGCGGGACCGGAGGAUGUAAAUGCCAAUGGGUGAAUUGGGUGUCGAGGUGA